UCGAUUUGUAGUUUUAAUUUCAACUUUUAAUUGUGACUUUGAUAUUUGUAAUUGUGAUUGUGCUUGUGAUUGAUUUUCUCUUAUUAUAUUUUCAUUGAUUUUUAGAAAUUUCGAAUCAUCGAAUAAUCAAAAAUGAAGAUUGCCUUUUGUCCUAUGGAUGGCCAUGGUCAUGUAAAUGCUUGUAUUGGAUUGGCAAAGAUAUUGAAAGGUUUUGAGAACGAAUGUAUUUUCAUUGUUCCCAAAAAUUGGACUAAAACUGUCGCUGGGAAUGAUUUUGGUAUCGAAGCCAUUGAAGCCGAUGGAUUCGAGGCCGAUCGAGAUCCACAGGAAAAGUGGGGCAAAUUCAUGGAGCAAAGAUCUCGAGUGUUUGACAUGGAGACAGUCGAGAAAUUCAUCCAUCUGAAUGUGCCAAGUAACGAGAGUUUCUAUGAUUAUCUGAUUAAAACGGAUGAUCAAUAUUCGUUGAUCUUAGAAAGAAUGAAACCCGAUUUGAUUAUAUUCGAUUUUUGGGUCUCCGUUCCUGCCAUCGUCAAUUCGGGUAUCCCUUAUGUCACCUUGUGGUCAACUAAUCCUCUUCUCGCUUAUUGGUCAUACGGAGCUCCACCUUAUUCAUCGGCCUUUGGAAUCAACGAUGAUCCCAAAGAGUUUGAGAAGUUGAGAAUUGCCUUUAAUGAGAGUUUAGUAGAGAUUAAAAGUUCAUUCGAUGAGUUUUAUCGUUCGAAAGGAAUCGACCCGAGUAAACAAGAUCGAAUCGAUUUCUCAAUCCUGGGUAAAUCUCCCUUUCUCAACCUUUACCCUUAUCCGGAAGACUUGGACUAUUCUGAAUUCGGCCCAGUCCCAGAGAAAUGGUUUCGAGUUGACCACAUGGUCCGAGGAACUGAUGACAUUCCCCUUGGAAUCGAUGAAUCUUUUUUCACCUCAAAUGCCAAUUCCAAGAUUAUCCUGUUCUCACUCGGCUCCCUGGGUACAUCUAAUUACCAAUUGAUGACCCGAUUGAUUAACAUUCUCGGUAAAUCACCACACAAAUUCAUCGUCUCCAAGGGUAUUCACCAUGAGAAGAUGCAAUUACCUGGUAACAUGACCGGAGCCAAAUACUUGAAUCAGAUGAAGAUCAUGCCUCGAGUGGACAUGGUCAUUCAUCAUGGUGGAAACAAUAGUUUCAUUGAGACUCUUUACUUUGGUAAACCUUUUAUUGUGAUGCCUCUUUUUGGUGACCAACAUGAUAAUGGCCGAAGGGCAAUCGACAAGAAGAUUGGAAAAUGUUUCUUACCCUAUCGAGUGACCGAGGACGAACUUGUCCAAGGAAUCGAUGAGAUUCUCAAUGACAGUCAACUAAUUGAAAGAGUGAAAUUGAUUGGUAAACAUUUGAGGGAAACAAAAAGUCAUCAGGUUUUGAAUGAGAAAUUGACAGAAAUGGUUAAUCAAUUUAAGAUGAACAAUUUAAACAUGAGCACAAACACAAACACAAUCAACAAUCAAACUAAUUCCAACAUAAUCAACACCGAUAGUGCAACAAGGACGAUAACCAAUGGAUCACCGAGUCAUGAUAAAUCGGGAAACAUUUCACCAGUUUGGAACGAACCUUCAAUUCCCAGUGAAUCUUAACAAUUGGAUUAAAUUUGAAUAAUUAAUCUUCAGUUAAUCUCCUAUUGCUCUUCAAUCAAUCAUUUAAUUGAUAUUCAAAAAAUAGUAAAGAUAUUAAUCACAAUUGAUACUCGUAUCUCUUUCAACAACAUUUACAGUUAAUUAA